AGCCGAGAACAGCUUGAGACAAGGGGAGGUGGGGAGGAAUGAGGGGGAAGGUGACAGACAGAACUCUGGAGCGGCAGACACAGCUUAAAGCACAAAGCACAGCACAGAGAAGACCCUGAAGGCUCUAGCUGACUCGAGUCGGGGGCGGGGAGGAUGUGAGAGGUGUGGGACAGAGGAGUUGCGGGACCAGAGCCUCUACUGCGUCAGGCUGGUGAAUCUGGUCCCGGUUCCACCCCGCCAGAUUCACUCCCUAGGUGUGUUUGUUUACUGGUCCCUCCCUGUCUCGCUCAGAUGCUCCAGCUCUAGGGAUCUCUGGGUGCAGAUCACAUUCUCCCAGACUCCUGAGCCCUGGGUCCAGCCAUGGGCCCCUCCAGCAUCUUCCUGUGCAUCCUGUUUCUCUGUGGGGCACUGGGUCUCACCACGCCCCCGCCCCCUGCCCGAGGUCGGCUCCGCUGUUACACCUGCAGCUUUGCCAAACCCUGCUACCCGGUUCCCACCGAGUGUCAGGACGACGAAGCUUGUGGCAUCAGUAUUGGCACCUCAGAGCAGAAUGAGAUCAUCGAGCGGAAGGGCUGCCUCCCACGGGCCCAGUGCCCUCUGCAGGGCCAUGCCACCUACUGGUCGCGCUCCUACGCUCUGCGGCACCACUGCUGUGAGCAGGACCUGUGCAACACAGCCAUCACGCUGCAGCCACUCCCCAGCCCCCUACUUGCCGCCCUGCUCCUCCUUGCAGCCAGCUUCACCUGGGGAGGUCCCCUCCUCCGCUGGCUUCAAGCCAAUCUGCAGCCUUCAACCCAGGACUCUGCCCCCCUCCUCACCGCCCUGGAGACCCCUGCAUCUGAGAUAUGCCCAAGAACCUGAUUCUGUAGAGAACUCCGAUUCCCAGCCUCACACCUUCCCAGACCCCUCCCAAGGUCUGGUUCCUGCGGGCACCACUCUAGCCUGGAUAGGCACCUGUCCAGAGCCCUGCCUCAUAAACAAUACCUGUUCUAGGUCUUUUGUCUUUUCUAGAUGCCCACGGCUGAUGCCCUAUCUCAGCUCCAGGUCUUGGUCAAGGCAGGCGGUUUGUUGAAGCUGGGGGUCCCAGGCAAGGGGAUUGAAGGGGCAUCAGGAAUGGUGAGGAGGACAGUCUUGCUAGGAAAGAUUAAUUUGGCAGUUCAGGAACUCAGGAAGGAGGUUCUUGGGGGAACUGUAAAGAGUAAAUUUAAUAAAAGUGCUAUCUGGGAGUCUAGGACACUGCCGUGUCUGUGUGUGUGUAUGUGUGUGUGUGUGUGUUCUCUUUCUCUC